CGUUGCACCUCUCUCUCACUCUCUGUUCCUCUCACUUCCAUUGCAUUAUUUUACUCCUUUUUAGUUCUUUUUCCUCUUUCAACCAUAUCAACAAGUAACCCCUCCCUCCCUGUUUCUCUUUCAGCUUCUUUCUCUUUUGGCAUCUCAGAAAAACUCAUUCUUCUUCUUCUUCUUCUUCUUCUUCUUUUGUGAAUCACACAACAGAAUCCAAUGAAUUCCUUUCUUCCUAAACCGAAACUCUCCAAUCCCCUGAAUUCCCCUGUUCCAAAAACCAAGCUUUCUACUUCAAUGGAUUCAACUCUUUCACAAGACCCCAUCUUCUCCAUUCUUUCAAAAACUAAUCUUUCUUCUGUUCCUAUCGAUUCCCAUUUCUCAAAAACCAAACUUUCUAAUCCCACCAGCAAGCUUUCUUCCACUCCAAGCGAUUCCCCUGUUUCAAUAACCAAGCUUUGUUCAGCUACUCCAAUGGAUUCCCCUACUUCAAAAACACCACUUUCUGCUCCUCCACCAUUGUCUGCAGCUUCAAGUUCAAUCAGCAGCAGCAGUAUCUGCAGCGAUAGAAGCAGUGAGACCGACGAAAGUCCCUUCUCCUCUCACCGUUUCGAGCUUCAAGAUGUAAAGUUUCAGCUACCAAUUCAAUCCACACCAACUCCAAGUUCCAAUUCUCAUAGUCAUAGAUCACUAGCUGUUCUUUCAGGCCAUGUUGGUUCUGUUUCAUGUUUAGCACUUUGUGGCGAAUUCAUACUAAGUGCAUCACAGGGUAAAGACAUCAUAGUAUGGCAGCAACCGGAUUUGCGCCUCUUCGCCAAAUUCGGCCAAGGCGAUGGAUCGAUUAAGGCCCUUGUAUCCAUUGGAAACAAGGUUUUCACUGCUCAUCAAGAUAGUAGGAUCAGAGUUUGGAAGGUUUCAAGGAGUUCAGAGAAUGUUUUUAGGCUCGUUGACACGCUUCCGACAACAAAGGACUAUUUGGGGAAGUUCAUGAAGCAAAGCAACUAUGUCCAAACAAGGAGGCACCAUAAGAGGCUGUGGAUUGAGCAUGCUGAUAGCAUUUCAUGUUUAACUGUUCAUAAUGGUUUGAUCUAUUCAGGGUCAUGGGAUAAAACCCUUAAGGUUUGGAACCUUUCGGAUUUGAAGUGUUUGGAGUCAAUUAAGGCUCAUGAUGAUGCAAUCAAUGGGUUAGUAGCAUGUAGAAGAGGGAUUGUGUAUUCUGCUUCUGCAGAUGGAAAGAUCAAAGCUUGGGGAAUGGAAAGAGAAAGGGAAGGAGGGAAGUUUAAGAAGAGUAACAAGAAUUCACAUUGUUUGAAAGGGGUUUUGGAGGGUCAUAAAGAUGUUUCAUUGAAUUCUGUGGUUGUUUCUGAUGAUGGGAAAUGGGUCUAUGGAGGUGGUUCUGAUGGUUAUGUUAUGGGGUGGGAAUGUUCUGAGAGUAGUAGCAGUAGUAGUAGUAGUUGUUGGAAGCUUGUUUCUGAGACAAAGGCACAUGAAAUGGCUGUUUUAUGCAUGUGCUUAAUUGGUGAGCUUUUAUGCAGUGGUUCAGGUCCAGUGAAGUGUUUGCAAGCUUCAUGUUCUAAUAGAAUUGGUGGAGGAUUUUUGCUCUAUAGUGGAAGCCUUGAUAGAAGUGUGAGAGUUUGGUGGGUUCCUAAGUAUAAUAACAACAAUGAUAUUGAAGAAAUAGAGAAGGAUAAUAACAAGUCUAUUGUUUCAUGUUAAGAACAUUUUGAAGGCUCAGAAAUGAAGCACAGGAUCCCUUAUUUUUUGUUAACAGUGCCUGCUGUGCUUUCAUUUUUGAUUUGUUGUUUUGUUUUCUUUUGUUUUGGAUUUGGAUUUGGAGUUCAUUUCAUUUUUUUUACUGAAGUUGAUUGUAUAAUUUAAGGUGAAGUUUUAGGAGGCUUGAUCUAUUGCUCACUAGGGUGACAUAGAGAAAAUGGUGUUAUUAUACAAUUUUUCUUGUUCUUUUUCUGAAUUUUAUUUUUAUAUUUGUACAAAACAACUGUAACUAUGCCUUCAAGGGAUUCAAUGAAUGGGAGAAUUAUAAAUUAUGUUC